UACUAGUAGCAAUAUUUUGCUGCGGUUUGAUGUUGUGGCUGCUUUCGAGCGCUCUUCGAGCCAUUGCCAGCUUUUAAAAGCAGCUCUUCGAGCCAAAGUCAGCUUGAAGAAACGGGGCUGGCUCUCUUUGAUCUCUAAACUCAUUAGAGAUAGGACACUACGAACUUUCCAGAGCCUACAUACUGUACAAGAUAGUACCACCGUACAAUGCGAUCCUACAUGCAGCCCUCAUCAUGACAGAAAAGCCGCGAAUGCGAGAAGUCAAUGGUAAGCCCAAACAGCACCAAAACAUCCACCCCAAGCAUGGAAUACCAUUUUUGUAAGUGAAGAUAGCGACAAUGGAUAUCAACGAUACCAGCGAAGAAGAAGCCAAGGUCGCCAGGUCUCUUGAAGGAGAUGGGCAUGUUGCAAAUAUGGAUCAUGUCAGUACUGGUAGAACAGCCCGAACCCCGAACAAGAUGGAAAUCGUCGAAGGAGGACAAGCACUGGCGUCAAUGAACAGAGGCGAAAUGGACAAUAGUAGUGGGGAAGAAAAAUCACCAAGAGGGGAAUCGAGGGGGUCAAAUACAUGUAAUGACGACAACUCACAUGGAAGCAGCAGCCUGAGCAUGGGUUUGACCGCUACCCAAACUCCCAAGAAACAAAGAGGUCGAUCAGCAACGCGACGAUCCCCACCACAAGCACUCACUCCCAAAGCCACUGGUUUUUCCAAUGUGGAGUUGUCGCCCUCUGUUGUGAAGAUCCGCAAAACUGUACCAGCAGUCGCAAUCAAUACGAGAAAGAUGAGGAGGAUUGUAUCACGGAGUUUGUCACCUUCCGAAGAAGACAGCUUGAGACGGUACCAGUCCUGUCUCUUGCAGGAUCCCACAGCCGUACUGGUAUCUGGGCCUGUCUGUCGUGAAUCGUCCAGGAGCAUGUCGCCAGAUCAUCAUCAGAGUUCGGAAGAACAAGCCAUGCCCAGACAGUCAUCCAAAGCCAAGGCGAGGGCGUUGUCUUCCAAAGAAGAAGCAGAUAGCUUGUGGAGCCGCAAUGCUGCCCUGAAAAGAGAACCUGCAUCGCCCAGGCGUAUGAGAUCCAAAAGCAUGUCUCCGUCUCCUCAUCAGAAAAGAGUUGGCGCGAAAAGAAAUAGAACAGGUUCCAGCAAACAACGAGAAAUGCGUGUGCAAACCCUGUCUCCUGUCCGGCGCCGAACAGUCCACAGUCUGACCGGUGAUUUGCAGGAGACACUUCAGCGGUCUUCUUCUUCAAAAUCGACAACAAUAGGCAGUUCCGCUAACAGCUUGUUGUCACACGCCAAUACACGUCCCCGGAGUAGACAGGCUGUGUUACGUGGAAGUGCCUCGUCAUGUCAAAGAAAAAGUACGUCCCAUCAUGGAAUACUCGACAUAUUUGGCAGUACAUCUUCCUGUCACCAGAAAACUGUGAGCAGUGGGAAUAUUCCACAGUGCCUAAAUCAACGGAGAGCCAGGUCUCAAUCCCCCAUGAGAAGAUCAGGUCUGUCCACAACAAGGUCGUCACUAGACGAAAAAAGGACACUGCUUUGCAAUAAUAGCGAGUCUUGGGAUGUGUCCGCUCGAUCCAAGUCACAACCCCCCACAAGUGCAGGUUUGCGGAACACAAGGUCGUCACUAGAUCACAAAAGAUCAUUGCUUGGUGAUGGGAUGAAAAUUGACAAUGACAACAUUGAUUUGGAAGAAGGGCGUCUGGCAGCAAUUACGCUUACAGGGCUUGAUCCGAGACUAAGGCACUCUGCAACAAAUCCCAAUCACAGAAUUGAGAAGGAUAAAAAGGGACUCCGUCAAUCAAGGGAAGAGGAGCCCAACUAUGGAGAAGUACUGCAUCAGUUUCCGCAACAACUUGAAUCAACACCAGGAGCACAUCGCUGUUCACCUGUUCCUUUUGCAGCAUUGGAAGAGGGACUUAUCAUGCCAGGGAUGAACCCUGCUUCCAGCUUGCAAGAAUCCAGUGUAUUUAAUUGUCAGACAAUCCAUGUAUUUAAUUUCACAGGGAACCACCAGGGGUUGGUUGAAGCAACUCCAGUUGAGGCAACCAACUUGCCAGUGGCACUGGCAGCCAGUGAGUUUGUCUCAUCAGAAGAAGAAGCCAUGGCAGCGAGGAACAUGGACAGAUUAAUCCUAGUGGGGAAUGGCUUGGGUUGCCUCUGUUUGAUUCUGAUUGUACUAGCAUUUGCUGUAUUGCUCCUUGCGGGAGUCUUUAGUAUUAAAGACUCAGAAGAAGCAUCAACAUUUGCCCCGUCAUCAAUGCCAUCACCUGCUCCUACACCAUACUUGAUUCCUUUGCCUGAAGAAACAGCACAAACUAUUGUUGCCAACCCACAAUCACCACAAGCUCGGGCAUAUCAAUGGCUCAAGGAUGAUAUCUUGCUGGAAACCUACAGUCCCUAUCGACAACUUCAGCGGUUUGCUCUGGUCACACUCUACUAUGCUACAAAUGGCGAGGCCUGGGAUGUCAAUGAAAAUUGGCUAUCUAAUGCUCUCCAUGAGUGCCUCUGGCAAACAAAGGGUGAGGGUCUGCAAGGGGAUGGAAUAACAAGGCAGUGUGAUCCUGAUGGAAACUUCCUCUAUCUCUAUUUGACCAAGAAUAGACUGUCUGGAAGCCUUCCCCCAGAGCUAGGCCUAUUGACCAAGCUGGAAGCUUUUGAUGUUGCCACAAACAGCAUCAGAGGGACGAUACCAAGUCAAAUUGGCCUGAUGACUUCUCUUUACGAACUUAUCCUGAAUGUCAACCAACUCACUGGGGAAGUGCCAUCUGAGAUUGGACAGUUGACUCUUUUGGAGCAAUUCUUCAUACACACCAACCUGGUGACUGGCACCAUCAUGACAGAAGUUGGCCUCUUGACCAACAUGAUAGAUUUUGAAUGGGCAGAAACAAUGACCAGAGGAACAAUUCCAACAGAACUGGGGUUGAUGACCCAAACAACUUUCCUGCUUUUGUUUCGAGGGUUGCUGGAAGGGCCUAUUCCAUCAGAGAUUGGCUUGAUGACCAACCUGUCAGAAGGCUUUGGGGCACAUGGCCAGUCCUUGACAGGAACAGUGCCCACUGAGGUUGGCAGAUUGACUAAUUUGGAAUCUUUGGAGCUUCACUCAAAUUCUCUAACAGGUCCAAUUCCAACUGAAGUUGGCAGACUCACAGACUUGUUUUCGUUGAUCCUUCAUGUGAAUUCUCUCACUGGCAUGAUUCCAACUGAAUUCGGAAAGCUUUCUGGGUUGGUUUCCAUGCUCCUUCAUGUGAAUUCUCUCACUGGCAUGAUUCCAAGUGAAAUUGGCUUGAUGGAAGGGGCACAAUAUGUACUUUUGAAUGACAACGAACUUGAGGGCUUUGUCCCUUCUGAGUUGGGAGGCUUGUCUUCACUUAUCGGGUUGGGUCUUGGUGGCACAAACCUCAGUGGCACUGUUCCUGUUGAGCUGGGAGCUUUGGCAGUCAGUCAGACUGGUAGCCUAGAGUAUCUCACUUUGAACGAAACAGUUUUGACAGGGGUAAUUCCAGCUGAUCUUUGUGAUAUUACCAAAGUCAUCUUUGAUUGCUCAGAGGAUCUUUGUGGUUGUGAUUGUGUCUGUCAAUUUGCGGCUCAAGGAAGUGUAUAGGCAUCUGCCAGGACCAGUGUGUCAAAGGACUACGACUUGUGGGAAACUCCAUAAAGAUCUUUGGCUGCAAGGAGAUUGUGGUUUCUAAGGACUUUUGAUAACCUUUAGAUUGUUGGUUGCAAGGAGAUUGCUUGCUGGCGUGGUGUGCAUGCGUAGCAUUCAAGCUCUAGCUCUAGCUCUAGCUAGCUAGUUCCACUGGUACUUAUCACAGAUUUUCUCAAUGGCCACUCUCUCUUUCGAACUCUCUCUCUCUCUCUCUCUCUCUUUCUACACUUACACCGCCAAGAAGCGUUAAGGUAAGAAGAGUCGCUGAGCGAUAGCACCAAGAUGUCGUCUUGCUUUCUCGAGGGUGAAUCUUGAGUUUUGUAGACGCCUCUUCCUACUAGUAUACGACUCGUCACUCGGCUCUCCUUCUGGACACAGGUUGCCGAGUGAGCCAAGAGAAUCACGUCAAGCAAGGAAACAAAGAGCAUCGUCGAAGCUGCUGAUGGCCAAUUUCUGUCCAGCAUUGCCAGCCCAGCAACACCGCAUCUUCACUUUACUUGUAGCUAUUUAGCUAGGAGAGGAAGACCGUCCCAGACCUCUGCCGUUGUGGUGAUGUUGUGCGGCCCCGUAACUCUAUUGAUUGUUGAAGGAAAUUGGGAGUUACUAUGGAUUAGAGAGAGCUAAGAUGAGGAUGGGGACAGAGCUCGAGGGGAGGGCACGAUGCAGGAACGCAAGGCAAGCAAUCAAGUGCGCAAGCAGGGCAACAUGGAAACCAAGGAAAGGGGUGAAGGCAGGAGGGCAGGGAGGAGCAAAGGAGCAAGACUAGUGGAAGAGAUCGAGGGCACCACAGUCAUCCCAACGCUUGGAAACCUUGAGAGCUGGGACACGGGAGCCUCUCAGACACAUUGUCGCGGCACGGGCAAGAGCUAUGCUCAGCCUGGCCAAGAUGAAAGAGCGAACCACAGAGUAGGGCUUGGACCACUUGCGAGCCAAAAGCUGGGAAAGCCGUUGGAGUGCGGUGGUUGUGAGAGAGUUCCAUCUGGUUGUUCGAUUGAAUCAAUCGAUUCUGAUUCGAUUCGAUUCGAUUCCGUUC